AUGCCGUCUAAGGAUACCAUACAAUCGUACUUGGAUGGCCUCCAGGCGUUAGUGCUAAAUUAUUAUGAUGAGCAAGAUGACCAAACACGCCACAAGAUCUCAGAAGCAUGUUUGCUGUUGGUAGAGCUUUUACCUUCUAAUUCAAAUACAGUGAAGCUGUCGAUCCUUGGGUUUUUGAUUGAGGUACUUCGUAAUAAUCCAACAACUUUUAAAGAGCUAUUUCUCAAGGAAAAUCUUUCACUGGUAGUGGCUGGACUAUUGAAAUCAGAGGAUUCAAAGGUAAAAGAAUUAUCGUUUGAUUUACUACGAAACAUCCUUGGCCAGUCAGAGAACAUAUCCCAUAAUGACAACGAAAUUCCUUUGCAGAUUCUCCCAACGCUUCUUCAGACCCUUGACACAUCCAAAUCAGAUGAUAUCGUCAUCACAAAAUCUCAAGUAUAUGCGCUACAAUUCAUAUUGAUCCUUUCUUAUCGUCCUAAAAUAGCCUUAAAGCUUCAAAAUACCCAAUCAUUAACAUUAUUAUUGCCUUAUCUUUCAAUUGGUAAUAGCUGGGUCCAACAGAAAGCCUGUCAAAUUCUCAUUAAUAUCACAUUCACCACAACCUCGGAGUUAAUAACUGAUUUCCUCGAAAUACAACUUCUAAGCCAUUUAUUAAAAAUAAUUGCAAUAAAAUCAACGCUAAAUUAUCUCAGUGAACAAGAUUGUGAAAUAAAUACAAAAACACAUCCCAAAAAUGGAACGAACGUUGAAGAGCUUCAAGUAUGUGCUUGGUAUGUCAUGGCGAAUAUUACUCGAGGCACAAGAGAACAAAAUUGCAGAAUCGCAGAGUCAGGAUUGAUUGAUCAGGCCAGAAAUGUUCUUUCAGCGGUUGUUAUGAGCAUCACAACGCAAAAUGAUGAAUCAGCAACGAGUUUCAAAGGUGCCAAACAAAAUAAUAAUAUCAAUUCUGCGGGAAUUGCUGCCGCUGCAGUUCUCUACAAUCUAUCAUUUACUCAUUCGGUCUCUGCUGCAUGUCAUACUUCUGAAAUUUUACCUUUAGCCAUAACUAUUAUAGGUUCGCCUCAAGCAUUAUCAGUAAAACUCAAACUUGUUGGGCUUAUCGCCAAUUUAUCGAAAGAAAAAGGUAGGAAGGUCGUCGCAGGUUAUGAUAUUGUGACUGGUGUGGAAAUCGUUCUCAAGGAACUUUCAAAAGCUGUUGAGACCUUACAGGACCGGAAUCUCGAGAUAACGGCAGCGUCUCAAAAUGAUGAAAAAGUUGAAGUGUUACUAGUCAAGACAAAUGAUGGUAUCGAUAACGAUAAAGUGCAUAGUAAACUCAAAGAUCUCGAUGAAGAUCUUACCGAAACGAAUAAUUUUAGUGUUUUAGAUAUUCCGAGUUUCGAAGAUUUGUUAAAUGCCUAUACCUCAGUACUAGAAAUAUGUCAUCAUGUCAUUUUUCCAUUCAAAAUUCACAGAUCGCAAUUUUUUGAGAAAGGGAUUUUGAAGUUUAUGUUCGUGAUACUAUUUUUGGAGCCACAUACCACCGAGACAAUAAACAAAGAUCAGAAUCGUUCAGAUAUUGAUAUUGGAAAUAAACUUAGAAAUAAAGAGGUAAAAUCCCAGGUCUCAGACACCUGGAAUGAUAAACUCACUCUUUUGCAAAGGACUUUCAUAAAAUUCUUGUUGGUUUUGAGUAAGUCUAUUCGUGAAUACAACAGAAGCAUGUUGAUCGAUUGUGAUAUUGUCUCAAGACUCACAGAUGUACUAAGAAGAAGAUACAUGUACCAAUGUAAAGAAACCGAAUCAGAAAAGAUUUCCUCGUCUGAAAGCGACCAAAAUAGAGAUAAAGAGGUUGAAAAUGACAAGAACAAUAAUCUCUUAAGCUUACCUCAUCACAUCCAACCAUUUGAUAUUCUUACAAUUAUUUAUUCCUCACUAAUAAACUGCAAGCAAGACUCAGUCCAAAAAGAAUUUGUGGUGAAGAAAAUUUCUCUUUUCCAAACUCUAAUUUAUUUUGCCAAUGAAAGCAAUAGUUUCAAAACUAGAUACAUUGCAUGUGAGUUGAUGACAAUAAUGUUCAAAUUUGAUAAAGAAUUAUCGGGGGGAGCAAUAGGCUCUGAUGAUGUUGGUAACGGUGAUUAUUCAGAAAGCUUUUAUUCACUGUUGGAUGACAAAAUGAUUGAAAGCAUUGUUUUAGUUUUUGUUAAAGAGAACAAUGGUACAGAAAUUGAUUGUCAGCUCGUGGGAAUCAUUUCCUAUAUUUGCGCUAAGGACACUAGGAAAACAGAUUUGACUAAAUGGUUUGAAAUAAUGUUAAGUCAAGGUAUUCUUGCCAAAUUGCUGAUAGUGAUUAGAUCUGUCCGUAUAAAUAACCCAAAAUUUUAUCCGACAAUUAUUAAUAUUAUUAUAAUAUUUUUCAGUUUAUUCAAAAUGAAAAAUGAGAAGCUCAUGGACCUUGUUGAACAGCUGGACAUAUUACAAGCCUUAGAAUUUUUCAAGAAUAUUGUUGCAAUAUUGACCAAGAAAGAUGAUUCCUCUUCCAAAAUCAUUGAGCUCACCAUACUUACUGCCAAGGAAUAUGCUAGUAUUUCGGAUUAUACCAAGCAGAUGUUCUUAAAUUCUGGGUUACUCAAAAUUUUGUCACUUUAUUUGUACUCAUUCAAUUCAGUUAGCAAUGUAACAUUGUUGCCAGUAGUUCUAGAAACUUUUGCGGAAAUUGCUUGUGGGAAUGAGCACCAAAAGGCGAUUCUCUGCUCUAAAUAUGAUUUGUUCGUGUCUAUUUCUUCGAUAUUGACUAAUGAAACUGAACUCCAACACAAUAUCGCCGCCAAAGGAACCGCAACGGCAUUGCUUGAUAAUCUUACCAUGGCUCGAACCGCAAAAAAUGAUGAAAUAUUCAUUAGUCUGGAAUUGGAAAUUAAAUUGAUAUCCAUGCUUAAUGAUACCGAAUACAAUAAUGAAUUCAAAUUUCAUGCGAUUUCUGUCCUUGUCAACCUUGCUAUCAAUGACGAACAUCAAAGAGAUAUUCAACUCGAGAAUGGGGUUUUGCCACCGGUCUUGAAUAUUCUCAGAACGCUUUCUGGUACAAGAUCAGCCGUUAGUACCCCAUUAUCUACCCACGCAAAAAACGGAUUACCACAAUUACCGACCAGUGCAUCAAAGAUUGUGGGCAGUUGCAAGAUUGAUAGAUUUUCUCAAGGUUCUAAGAUGCCUUCAUACACCAAUUGUCGACUUAUGAACCAAUUAUUGCGGCUUGUGUCGACGCUAUCUCUGGGGAACCCAAGGAAAUCAUUACAAAUUAUUGCUGCCGGUUUCUUACCCUUGUUGGCCGAACUUAUAACAUCAAAUGAAGUUAUGAUGACAGAAAAAGCUUUGAAAAUCGUUAGAAACUUGAGUAAUGGGGGGAUUAAUCAUUCUAAAACAUUGAUCGCAAAUAAUUUCAUCAUACUACUUCGUGAGGCGUUUGAAAAUAAUCAGAAAUCAAUGGCUAAUUCCAUGAAAGAUCAUACGGAAGAAUCUAUCAAUUUGAGGAAAUUGAUCGAUAUUAAUAUUUUAUGGACUUUGGCAAAUAUUUCAAGGUUCGAGGAUGCGUGCCGUGUGGGAUUAUUGAAGAGUGGCGUGUUAUCAAAUAUCGUCCCGAUGAUUUCUUUUCUGUCCCUCGAUUCAAAAGAAGAAAAAACAUUACAAAAGGCGAUCAUCUCACUUCUUAACAAUUUGGCGAUGUCCAAUGAAUGUUUGGGAAUUAUGGCCAGUGUCGAAAACCAGGAGCUUAUAGGGAUGAUUGUGACGUCUUUGGCUGAUUACACUAAAAAUGAAAAAGACACCGACGAAGAACAUAGUGAUAUUUUGGUACUCGUGCUAAAUUUCUUGGCCGUAGUGUGUCUGAUUGGUGACGACUUGUUUAAAAAAUUCAUUGCCGAUCAAGGGUUGCUAUUGGUGCUCCAAAAAUUUUCUCAAUCGAGCACGGUUGUUGUUCGUACCCUUAGCGAUGGUAUUUCUUCAAAUAUUAGCACUUAA